UUUUGUUGACACUUUUUUUCUCUGUGUGGUAAAUAUAUUAUGCAUAAAUAAUGAGAAACACAGAUCACUGUAACAAUUAUUCAGUGGAAUUUACAAGAAUGCAUCUGACUGAACAAUUACUUUUGCUAACGUUUGUGUUAGUUACAAUUUGUACAUUGGAAGUAACCGGUUCAGUAGUCUAUGAGAGAAUCGAGAAAUUCUAUGAAGACGAAAAAGCCUGGUUUGAGUUUGCCAAAAACGCCAUGAAGACAUUACUAGGGAAAAUGUGUCUUCUAAAGAAAGCUCUACACAUAAUACGAAGCUAACGAACAUGAAUUUGUGCAUAUCAAUGGAAUUUUCAAUGAGUAAUUACUAUGAUUAAUGUUUGUGUGUAAUACUAUUUUUGAAAAAUUGACAUUUCUUAUAUAACAGGCACUCUGUGUAGCUGAAACGAUCACUGAAAAAACAGCUUAAAUUCCAAUGUGUGGUUUUCACUACUGAGUUUUGAUAAAAAAAGAUGUUUGCAGAUUAUUCAGUCUUCAGUUUUUCUUCCAAUAGUUGACUGAUGCAAAUGAUGAGGUAAUUAAUGUAUAAAACACUCCUUUAUUUGCUGCCAACUUAUACAUGGUAUUUUCAAAUUGAUUUACGC